CAAGCCCUAAUUGCACACGGCCUUCCUCUUCCUCUCCCCACCAAACCACGCGCCGACAAGGGCAAUCUCCCCGACCACCACCUACGACUGUCGUCAUCGCUGCUACUGAGUUCCAUUCUUCAUCCGACCAACAACAAUCAGGGUCUUAGAUUUCGGAAAAAAUGGAGAUUUGUCAAACUGAAUGAGGGGUUUAUUUGCGUACUCUAUCUAAAUCAAUCUCUUCAAGAAACAUGCUGAGAAUUGGUAUGACUACCCUUUCUCACUUCACCUAUCCAUUCUCCAUCCUCCAAAAUCACAGCUCCCCAAGACUGUUCCUUUCCUUCACUCCUUUUAAAACCCUCCAAUUUCGACCACUCAUUCCCAGGUUUUCUCGGACGAGACACCUCAUUGUUGCAUCCUCUGAUGGUUCGAUCUCCAACACCGGCAUCGAUCCUCGUUAUCUUUCAUGCUCGCUUCCCGGCAGAAGUCUCAAAAUUGCGGUUCUUCUGAGCGGCGGCGUUGAUAGCAGUGUGGCCCUUCGCCUCCUCCAUGCUGCCGGUCAUUCCUGCACUGCGUUCUAUCUCAAAAUCUGGUUCCAAGAAGACUUUGAGAAUUUUUGGUCUGAGUGCCCAUGGGAAGAUGAUUUAAAAUAUGCAAAAGCUGUCUGCAGUCAGGUUGAUGUUCCACUAGAAGUUGUGCAUUUAACAGAUGAAUAUUGGAAAAACGUGGUUUCAUACAUUAUUGAGGAAUAUCGUUGUGGUCGAACUCCUAACCCGGAUGUUCUCUGCAACACUAGAAUAAAGUUUGGUGCAUUCAUGGAUGCCAUUAGUUCCAUGAAAUUCGAUUAUAUUGCUUCGGGACACUAUGCAAAUGUUGUUCAUUCAUUUGAAGAGGAAAAGAAACCAUCUAUUUUGGAACUAUCAAAUGACAUGGUGAAGGACCAAACCUACUUCCUCUCCCAUCUAUCGCAGGCUCAACUCCGACGACUUAUUUUCCCUCUUGGUUGUAUUGCCAAGGAUGAAGUUCGUUCGCUUGCUGCAAAUUUCGAUUUGCCCAACAAGAAUCGGAAGGAUUCACAGGGAAUAUGCUUCCUAGGGAAGAUAAAAUUUAGUGAAUUUGUUGCAAGGCAAAUUGGAGAAGAAGAAGGUAUCAUAUUGGAAGCUGAAACGGGUGAUUUUUUGGGAAAACAUCGUGGCUUUUGGUUCUACACUAUCGGUCAGCGACAAGGUCUACGAUUACCUGGCGGGCCCUGGUACGUAGUUGAGAAAGAUAUUCCAAAUAACGUAGUCUUUGUCUCUAGAAAUUACUUCUCUUUGGACAAAAGAAGAAGAUUGUUUCGUGUCGGAUCUCUCAAAUGGAUAGACGAUAACCGCCCUCCUAGCCAGACCAAUGAACUCCAGUGCAAAGUACGACAUGGCCCUGGUUCUUACCAAUGUAAUUUGACGAUGGAAUGUGAUGAAGAUGGUGGGGAAGUUGGGGUUGUGGAAAUCUUCGAAGAUGACCAAGGCCUUGCAGCUGGUCAAUUUGCGGCCUUCUAUAAAGAAAGGAAAUGCAUUGGUUCUGGUGUGAUAUUGGAAUCUUGGGACGAUCAAGGGUUUCCUGUCUGUCCUAAAGCUCUUGAAAUUGCGACAAUUGGAGGACGAGAUAUAUCCAAGCUUGGAAAGCCUGUUAAGAUCAAAGUGCAGCCUGAAGUAGUAGCAGACACAUUUGUUGCCUCUAGGGAAUAAAUCAUGGUUUUCAGAAGAAGAAAAAAACAUCUGUUUCCCGAGUUCCUCAUUCGUCGUGGAACAAGUUGCAAGAGCUCUGUCAAAUCGAUGCAAGUUUUGGUUAUUUAACGAAAACUUUCAUUGCGCUUUGCAACGCCCAAACAAGAUUAGGUGAAGUAGAAAUCAUACUUUUUGGUGCAUUUUGUAUACCCUUCUAUUGAUUCCUUUAUUUAUGUAAUAUAAAUGAAUCAAAUGUAAUAGCUAUACAUUUGAAUGUAUCAUUAUUUCACUAAUUUUUCUAA